UGGAAGUGGCCGCUGCUGUUCAUCCAAGUGAGACGGAUUUCACAUGUUUAAGACCUCCGAAGUGGAAGACCCCCUGGUAUAAAAGAUGGAGUUUAAGGAAGUGAGCUCCCCUCUUCCGUGGGACUGUGAAAGAUUUAAUGAAGCUGUUUUUGUGAGGACUGGAAAUGGAGACUACUGAGAAGGCAAGAAAUAACUACCACACAAUGGAGCAAAUGCCGAAAGAAGAAACAUCGCAGUUGAUUCCAGGACUUAAUCCUGAAGGUUUCUCAAAAGAGGAUGAAGAUUUCCUUUCUGGACUGAAUCCAGAAGAGAAAGAAUGCCUGGAGUACUUGCUUCAGACAAUCAACACCUUGGAUAAGGAAAUCCUAGAAGAUGAUGAGUGGAGUCAUGAGAAAAUGGAAGAAUCUCUAGGUUCUCAGGACCAAUGCCAACAUAGUGUCAUCUGCAGCACGCAACAACAAAGUAAAUUUGGGGAGACUGCUCCGCUGAAACCUGGUCCUUGCCCAGCAGUUUCUAAAAGUAAAAUGAUCAAGUCCCUUUCGGAGGAAUCUGAUGAAAUCGCUUUGAGGAGAAGGUCUGACCUUUAUUGUCAAGCCAGACAUACUCCUAGAUCAGCCAACUCUCACCCCACCCGCUUGAAGAAGUUUGACACAAUACUGAAGUCAGGAGUCAAUGUUCAAGAACUCCGCUCGCGUUUCCUGCUCCAACUUGGCAGUUCUGCUCCUGUCAAGGAACCAGCGAAGGAUGCUGUAAGAGUAAUAAAGCCUGCAGGACUUUUGUCCAACGCUCAAAGGUCUGCUCGGGAUGAAGCACUGCAGAAGCUGGGCUUUCUUCAGAGAAACACACCUUUUCUGAAUGCAGAUCAACACACCCAGUUCCCAUGUGCUGAAAGGCCAAACAAAGAAGCAACUGCACGUUCCACCUACAUCAUUAAGAAGUCUCCAUAACAGUUGUUCCUGUCCGGGAAGAGAUGCUUUCUCAAGCCAGCUGAAGGCCAAGCAAUGUUAGAAGAACAUCUCUUCUGAUACAGUAUUGAACAAAACAAUCCUUUUUGAUGUACCAAAUUACUUUCUGCAAAAUACUAUUGGAACAGAAUAUGGAACCUGCAGCAUACGGUUUAUGACAACGUAUUUAACAGUGUCUCUUGCCUUUUCUGCAAAGAGCAUCUUGUUGGUACAGUAGUUAGUUGAGAUGCAUUCUGUGGGCUUUUGAUUCCAUUCCUAGACCUCAUAAUAUUGCUUCCUGAAUCCCUGGAGCAACAAAAGAAAAAUUAUUUUGUGAAAAUGGAGACCGCUUCCUUCAGACUAGACCUGGUGCCUUUACUUAUCGGAAUAUAAGAUCAAAGCAUUUGCACCCAAGGACACAGAGUGCUUUCAGACGUAGCUUUUAAUCAUGCAAUCUCCUGGUCUCAUUUCUAGAAUUUUAUGGAGGGCCCAGACCAUAUUGUCUAACUCAUCAUUUCCCAUGGUUUGCUAGUGCUACUUCCAACCUUUUCCUUUCUACAGAUUGUGGGAGAGGGAACCCAGAACAAUGCAUUGCUGGGAACCCUUUAACUACCCAAGAGCAGUUCUUUUCUGAAUAUUAUAUUUGGCUUGUGUGAGUCUCUGGCACAAAUUAGAACAUAAGUAUCCUUUUACAGCAGAGAGUGGGAGGAAUGAAAAGUGCAUGUCUGCCAGGUUUCAUUAAAUACAUAUACAGAUAUUUACAUGAGUACAUACACAUAUUAACCUCUCUAAUAAAGACUGGCACGUUUGCUUCAUAAGGGAUCUAUAUAUUCUAACUGGUGCUACAACCAGCUGCUGUUUUCAGUAGGAAGCAAUGUCUUUUUUUUUUUUAAAGAAAUCUAGUACAUAUAGGGUUUUAUUUACUUACUAUCUUUCUAUAUUUUUAAACUCUCCAAAAUAGCAAAAAGGGAACUUCAGUCAAAAACAUAAACAUGUAUGAAAGGUAUCACAUAUUAAUCUUAUGCUAAUAAUAGCAUCACUUCUAGAAACUUUCUA